AUAAACGCACAGACAGGAAGGACUGACCCGAGAGAGUUAGAGUGAGAGACAGAGCUAGAGAGAGAGAGAGGGGGAGCAAGAGAGCAAGGAGGAGAGGAACAGAGAGAGUGAGAGAGACUAUCCAGCAUUCAGUCUUUAUGCUUUCAGCGAGAGGAGAGAGAAAAACUACAGAGCCAUACUACUGCAAUCUCCCUGACUGCUGGGAUAUUGGAACUUUUUUCACAAGCUUUCCUUAUUUUUUAAGAUUACAAUUAUUUGUUAAUUCUUAAGCGGAGGACCUGGGCUGUUACUUUUUCUUGUGUUCUCUGGGAAAUUUCUCACGACACUCUGCCCUCUGGUCUCCACACUGUGGACCAGAGACCUCUCUGCCCCUGCUGUGCCCCUGACAAGGCAUUGUCGAACGGCUGCUUGUCAUUUGGGCAAUUGGUUGAUUGUCGUCAGGGCUGGGUUGUUGCUUCUUCAUCUUUGCGGGGAAUGACCCUAGGAGGCGUGGGAUUGGUUGCACUCCAGGGACGCUCCUGAAAAGACUGCGGGGGGGACUCAAGGCACUGUGGCCCCACGGAACUGAGAGAGCCGCCCCUCCCCCUCAUCAACCCCAAGACGCCCCAUUUCACUGCAGCAUGGAUCUCCCCCCAUUUAGAGGUCUCUCUGAUGUGCCGUGAGAGGUGUGACUCCCCCAUCCCUGCCCCAGUCCCGACCCCAUCCCCCUCCCUCGUGCCCCUCCUUCAAGGAUGGACCCUCCCCCGGGUCGUGGCCCUGCCCCAGUCAGGAGGGACCUGGAUGGGCUGGACCUUCAGCAGGUGCCUGUCCUCUCCCUGGACCAGAUUCGCUCCAUCCGGGCCAGCAAUGACUAUGUGGAACGCCCCGUGGCCCUGGACCACACCUCACAUUCUGGCUUCUUUUACGCCCAUGACGACCGCUACCCCAUCACCCAUGGGUACCCCCCUCAAGGUUACCUUCAUGGUUACUCUCAGGGGUACCCGUCCCAAACCCCUCUCCCCCGGAGCCAGAGCCAGCAGCAACACGCCCACCUGACCCAUCUGAGUCGCUCCAGUACAGCCAGCUCAGCCAUGUCCCGGACCAGCGCUGCCUCCGACCAGAGACUCCUGGCGGGUCUGACGCCCUCCCACUCUGGCCUGGCCUCAGUGGUGCGCUCCCAGCCUAAAGGAGAACUCAAGCCUGAGGCUUCCCUAGGUAAAGGCCUGGAGGAGGGAGAGGACCUGGGCUUGCACCUGUUUAUCUGUGAGCGCUGUGGGAGGUGUAAGUGUCAGGAGUGCUGCGCUCCGCGGAGCCUGCCGUCCUACUGGGUCUGUAGGCAGCGCUGCCUCUGCUCUGCUCAGAGUGUUGUGGAGUACGGCACCUGUCUGUGCUGCGUUAAGGGUCUGUUCUACCACUGCUCCGCUCAGGAUGACGAGGACAACUGUGCCGACCGGCCCUGUGCUUGCACGCCCGCCCACGCCUGCGCUCGCUGGGGUACCAUUGGCCUUCUGGCGCUGUGCCUGCCCUGUCUCUGCUGCUACCCACCUGCCAGACUGUGCCUCGCCCUGUGCCAGCAGGCCCACGACCGAGCCACCCGCCCUGGCUGCCGCUGCAGCAACACCAACACCGUGUGCCGCAAGAUCUCCACCUCCAACCCCAACCCCGGGCAUGCCCCCUUCCGCAGCAAGUCCCUGGAGAAGCCUGUAUGACAGUGGUGCACCUGGAGUCAGUCGUCGCCUGGACAACGCAGUCUUUGACAACAAUGCCAUGACAAUGCAAUCGCCCCGCCCAGCCCGUCGUGAUCUACCUACUGUGACCUUUCACCUUACGUACUUUCCAUACUUCUUCUUUUCCUCCUGCCUGAAGAGAAAUGACCAAAAGCCUUACUGUACUUUACUGUAACUGUAUUGUACGUGUGGAGACUCGAGCCGAAAACCUGAAACCGCCUGGUGCUUUUUGCUGAACUGACUGCCAAACUUAACCUUACUGUGUUACUGUGUGGGCAUACUGUCUCUACCUUCCCCUUACUGUGUGGGCAUACAGUCUCUACCUUCCCCUUACUGUGUGGGCAUAUGUCUCUACCUUUCCCUUACUGUGUGGGCAUAUGUCUCUACCUUCCCCUUACUGUGUGGGCAUACUGUCUCUACCUUCCCCUUACUGUGUGGCCAUAUGUCUCUACCUUCCCCUUACUGUGUGGGCAUAUGUCUCUACCUUCCCCUUACUGUGUGGGCAUACUGUCUCUACCUUCCCCUUACUGUGUGGGCAUACUGUCUCUACCUUCCCCUUACUGUGUGGGCAUACUGUCUCUACCUUCCCCUUACUGUGUGGGCAUACUGUCUCUACCUCCCCCUUACUGUGUGGGCAUACUGUCUCUACCUUCCCCUUACUGUGUGGGCAUACAGUCUCUACCUUCCCCUUACUGUGUGGGCAUACUGUCUCUACCUUUCCCUUACUGUGUGGGCAUACUGUCUCUACCUUCCCCUUACUGUGUGGGCAUACAGUCUCUACCUUCCCCUUACUGUGUGGGCAUAUGUCUCUACCUUCCCCUUACUGUGUGGGCAUACAGUCUCUACCUUUCCCUUACUGUGUGGGCAUGCAGUCUCUACCUACCCCUUACGGUGUGGGCAUGCAGUCUCUACCUUCCCCUUACUGUGUGGGCAUACUGUCUCUACCUUCCCCUUACUGUGUGGGCAUGCAGUCUCUACCUUCCCCUUACUGUGUGGGCAUAUGUCUCUACCUUCCCCUCACUGUGUGGGCAUGCAGUCUCUACCUUCCCCUUACUGUGUGGGCAUACUGUCUCUACCUUCCCCUUACUGUGUGGGCAUACUGUCUCUACCUUUCCCUUACUGUGUGGGCAUACUGUCUCUACCUUCCCCUUACUGUGUGGGCAUACUGUCUAUACCUUUCCCUUACUGUGUGGGCCACUCUACUGUAGAUAGUACUGUGGCUAUUCUCUGUGUGCGCCUGCCUGGCCGACCAGACCGUUACUCAACAGACCAACCCCACUGUGUUGUGUGAUGGGCUGGGGUUUGCUCUGUUAGACUUGACCUAUUUAUUUAUUGGACUUCCUCUUCAGUGAGGUAGAGCGAUAGAGAGAGACAUAGGUAGACAGGCAGAGAGAGAGUGAGGUAGAGAGGUAGAGAGAGACAUAGGUAGACAGGCAGAGAGAGAGUGAGGUAGAGAGAGAGAGAGAGAGAGAGAGGUAGAGAGAGAUAGAGAGAGAGAGAGAGACAUAGGUAGACAGGCAAAGAGAGAGUGAGGUAGAGAGAUAGAGAGAGAGUGAGGUAGAGCGAUAGACAGAGACAUAGGUAGAGAGGUAGAGAGAGAGUGAGGUAGAGAGAGAGAGAGAGAGAGUGAGGUAGAGAGAGAGAGAGAGACAUAGGUAGACAGGCAGAGAGAGAGUGAGGUAGAGAGAUAGAGAGAGAGUGAGGUAGAGCGAUAGAGAGAGAUAUAGGUAGAGAGGUAGAGAGAGAGUGAGGUAGAGAGAGAGAGAGAGACAUAGGUAGACAGGCAGAGAGAGAGUGAGGUAGAGAGAUAGAGAGAGACAUAGGUAGAGAGGUAGAGAGAGAGUGAGGUAGAGAGGAAGAGAGAGACAUAGGUAGAGAGGUAGAGAGAGAGUGAGGUAGAGAGGUAGAGAGAGAGUGAGGUAGAGAGAUAGAGAGAGCGGACCAUGUGUUACAUGUGAGUACAGUGAGCAAACUACUAGUACAAAUCCGAACACAGCCAUUAAAUAAAAGGGGUCUUUAGCAAAUGUGUAUUCCAGGCAUGACAGAGACAGAGACAGGGUGGUCUAAAGGGAGUCUACAGGUGUGGGCCUCCUUCCCUCCUCUCCCUCUCUGAAGAGGCAUCCUGGAGCCGACAGACUGAAUGGACAUACAAGAUGUGGCAACGAGCGGCCAUGGCAGACAUUUUGUCUGAGACUGUUGCAAAGACCCUUUCCUAAUGGUGGAACAAAGACACAAACUCUGAAACACAAACAUGUAUUACUGUUUGACACACCAAAAAGGGACCAUGAUGUACCUGGAGAAUCUAAAGUGAUUAAGCUCAUUUAAUAUAGAAAGCACUGUGAGAUAUAGAGGUGAAUCGUCUGUAGUGUUGCCCAGCUGUCUGACUAACAGACUAACCUGGGGGGCCUCCCUUAUGACCAGGCAGUGUGUGUGUAUGUGUGUGUGUGUGUGUGUGUGUUAUGUGUGUGCGUGCAUGUGUAUGUGCACAAAUGUUAGUGUAUGUACAGUAUACGCUAUAUAUACAAAAGUAUGUGGACACCCCUUCAAAUAUGUGGAUUUGGCUAUUUCAGGCACACCCAUUGCUGACAGGUGUAUAAAAUGGAGCACACCGCCAUGCAAUUUCCAUAGAGAAACAUUGUGACUUUCAACAUGGCACCAUCAUUGGAGGCUACCUUUCCAACAUGCCAGUUUGUAACAUUUUUGCCCAACUACAGCUGCCCUGGUCAACUGUAAGUCCUGUUAUUGUGAAGUGGAAAAGUCUAGGAGCAACAACGGCUCAGCCGCAAAGUGGUAGGCCACACAAGCUCACAGAACAGGACCGCGAAGUGCUGAAGCACGUAGUGCAUAAAAAAGUGUCUGUCCUCGGUUGCAACACUCACUACCGAGUUCCAAACUGCUUCUGGAAGAAACAUCAGCACAAGAACUGUUCGUUAGGAACUUAUGAAGUGGGUUUCCAUGGCCGAGCAGCCGCACACAAGCCUAAGAUCACCAUGCGCAAUGCCAAGCGUUGGUUGGAGUGGUGUAAAGCUUGGAACUUAUGGACUCUGGAGCAGUGGAAACGCGUUCUCUGUAGUGAUGAAUCACGCUUCACCAUCUGUCAGUCUGAUGGACGAAUGUGGUUUGGCGCAUUCCAGGAGAACGCUACCUGUCCCAAUGCAUAGUGCCAACUGUAAAGUUUGGUAGAGGAGGAAUAAUGGUCUGGGGCUGAUUUUCAUGGUUUGAGCUAGGCCCCUUAAUUCCAGUUAAGGGAAAUCAUAAUGCUACAGCAUACAAUGACAUUCUAGAUGACUCUGUGCUUCCAACUUUGUGGCAACAGUUUGGGGAAGGUCCUUUCCUGGUUCAGCAUGACAAUGCCCUCCAUGCACAAAGCGAGGUCCAUACAGAAAUGGUUUGUCGAGAUCGUGUGGAAGAACUUGACUGGCCUGCACAGAGCCCUGACCUCAACCCCAAUUAACACCUUUGGGAUGAAUUAGAAUUCUGACUGCUAGCCAGGCCUAAUCACCCAACUUCAGUACCCGACCUCACUAAUGCUAUUGUGUCUGAAUGGAAGGAAGUCCCUGCAGCAACAUUCCAAUAUCUAUUAGAAAACCUUCCCAGAAAAGUGGAGGCUGUUAUAGCAGCAAAUGGGGGACCAUCUCCAUAUUAAUGCCCAUGAUUUUGGAAUGAAAUGUUCGACGAGCAGGUGGUCACAUACUUUUGGUCAUGUAGUGUAUAUGUGAGUAUGUGUGUGUGGGUGUCAUGUCCCCUCCCGUGUUAGUGUGUGUCGGGCCUGUGUAUGUUUGCUGUCAGCAGAAGCCUCCUGUUUUAUUUUUAGCGCCGCUGCUUCAGAGGACCCAGAGUCUGGUCAGGUUUCCUCUGACGCCAGACUUCCCUGACCCCUCACUGCCUGUCUCUCCUCUCCUCACCUCCCCUGCCUGUACCCAUCCCUCAGCCUCCCCUAACCCAUUCCUUCCUCCCCUCUCCUCUAUUCCUCUAUCCAUCCUGAUAGCGUUGCUGUCUACCGUGCACCAAAGAGAUGGAGCUACCCCAAAUUCCCAAUACAGAGGGAUAUCAUAGGGGAUGGACAGUAAGCCAGAUAAGGCUUGGGAAAGGGAGCCAGAUAAGAAAUGUUACCUCCGUUAUAGAUCCUUACCACUGCGUCCACAACACAUUAUGCAUUUUGCAUGGUCAGGGCUUUCCUCUUCUUGACAGAUUCCUCUGGCCAGUUUGAUCAACCUCAGGCAAGUCCUCCCUCCGACCCCACCGGGGGGUGGAGGGGGGCUAGCUAACACCUUCCAGCAUCACAUCUUAGCACCCCUUCCCUCCCAGUUACAUUCCUACUAACUGUAUGGACUAAGUAAAGGUGUCAGUGUGCUUCAGGUUGGCAGUACAGUGCAAGUGUGCUCACAUACUCUAUUAGAAGACCAUCACUUGAUAAAUGAGAAAGAAGCAGCAAUAGUACUGUUUGACCGUUCUGAGACGCUGUAGCCAGAAUACACUUCCUAAAAAUAGUCAGACAACUCAAGGAAUUUGUCAUUAAUUUUGACGUUUUUGCAGAGGAGAUCUUAGUUGCUCAAUUUUACAUCUAACUAAGAUGUUAGGUGCAGUAUUUCUCCAGCGGAAAAAUUUGAAUGAAAACUAUUCGUCUCACGUUGAAUGACAACAAACAAUCCUUACUGUUGUCCAAUCACUGAUGAAGAGGCCUAGACUUCGGGUACCGAUUUCUGCUUGUCUCAAGAAAAAGUUUAGUGUGCCCGAACAACCGAAAACACCCGUGCCGAAGACCAAAACGAACAAAAACGUCACAAAAUGUCGUCAUAAUAUAUGCAGGAACUAUUCCAAACUGUUUCGCCUGGGAAGCAUGCAGACGCCUUAAUAGGUUCCAGUCCUCCUUCUCUGAGAGUUGAUCUCUGAGAGGAGGCAAUUAGCUGUAUGAUAGCUUCUAAUGGGGAAGGAGGGAGGGUUGGAGGUGAAUGGAGGAAAGUAGAGUGUGGGAGAGAGCUGUGGAAGUGGAGAAGGGAGGAAAGAAAAGGAAGGGAAGGAGGAGGUUGUGGACAGGGUGACUGUCCGUUAGAAGGACUGAUGUUGGAGUGAGUGAAGCUGUGGGAGUGAGGUCAUACCAUUCCAACAUUGGGAGAUGAAGAACAGGCGAGGAGGGAUGGAGGGACUGAGGGACUGAGUCUGGGGGGGGUCUGGUUGUCUUCUGUACUGAUAUCCAAACCGGAUGUGAAACGUAACACGCUGUGUCAAGCAUGUGUGUGUGUGUGUGUGUGUGAUUGUAUGUGCGUGCACGUGUGUGCUUUUAUUCACCUAUGAACACACACACUCAUCCGAUUUGUUGAAGUUACUUUGCUAUAUUUUUAUAUGUACAUACAGACUGUUAUUGUAUACAUGUAUGUAUUGUAUCCCCCUUUUUAUUAUGAUUGAUGUUGCUAUGAUUAUUUUCUAUUAUAGUGAACAUUUACCUUGAGUCACAGACCUGGUCAAUACUUCUAACGAUUCUUCUAGAGGUUUUGCACUGUGGAGGAGAAGUUCAUUUACUAAGUGCCACACCUUUUAUGAUGUACCUCAACUUCACUAUUUGCUCCGUGAUUCAUUUCACGAAUACACACACACAAACACAAAUACACACACACAAACACAAAUACACACACAAAUACACACACACAAACACAAAUACACACACACAAACACAAAUACACACACACAAACACAAACACACACACAAACACAAAUACACACACACAAACACAAAUACACACACACAAACACAAAUACACACACACAAACACAAAUACACACACACAAACACAAAUGCACACACACAAACACAAAUACACACACACAAACACAAAUACACACACACAAACACAAAUACACACACACAAACACAAAUACACACCCAUACACUUCAUGGCCAAUGUGUAAGGCCCAGGUGUAUGUCCUCUCCUCUACAGUCCUUCCCCUGAAGAGCUCUAUCUCCCAGGUGGUCAGGUGUUGAGGGGAAGGGCUCAGUGUGUAGGUAGGUACUGUACUAUACAUGCAUUUCUGCAGAAUAACAACCAACCAACCCUCUCGGGUGCUGUAUGCAGGCUACAAGUUAACCACUAAACUUCCCCAUGUUGUAUUAGUAAGUAUUGCUUUGGUACAAUUGGCAUCUUGUAUGUUGUAAAAUCAUUUAAUGAGAAUAUAUGGACAUAUAUAUAUAUAUACAUAUAUAUAUAUAUAGAAAUCUAUCUAAAUGAAUAUAUUAUAUAUAUUAAAUAUACAUUUCACACUUAUUUUGUUCCGUUGCUGAUAUUACCGAUGCGUCACAGAUAUUUAUUUAAUGGUUGCGAUGAGAGAAAAUUAUUUAUUUGACUGCGGAAGUUGCGAGGAUGAUAUUUGAGGCUUUUUGGUUUGGUUUCUCUUGGAGUGGUGUGGCGGCUGCAGCCCUCAUGGCUAAAGAUAACCAAUAAAAGGUGUUUCCAAACGG